AUGGCGCUGGCAGGUCUGACCACCGGCUUGCAGGUCCCACGGGUCGACCCCGGCGCGGACUCGGACUCGGACACAGACUCGGAGGACCCGAGUCCCCGUCGCAGCGCGGGCGGUCUGCUCCGCUCGCAGGUCAUCCACAGCGGGCACUUCAUGGUGUCGUCGCCGCACAGCGACUCGCUGACCCGGCGGCGCGACCAAGAGGGGCCGGUCGGGCUUUCCGACUUCGGGCCGCGCAGCAUCGACCCCACACUCACCCGCCUCUUCGAGUGCUUGAGCCUGGCCUACAGCGGCAAGCUGGUGUCUCCCAAGUGGAAGAACUUCAAAGGCCUCAAGUUGCUCUGCCGAGACAAGAUCCGCCUCAACAACGCCAUCUGGAGAGCCUGGUAUAUCCAGUAUGUGGAGCGGAGGAAGAGCCCCGUCUGUGGCUUCGUGACACCCCUGCAGGGGCCAGAGGCUGACGAACACCGGAAACCCGAGGCUGUCGUCCUGGAAGGGAAUUACUGGAAGCGGCGCAUCGAGGUGGUGAUGCGCGAGUACCACAAGUGGCGCAUCUACUACAAGAAGCGGCUCCGAAAGUCCAGCAGAGAAGGGGAUCUCUUGGCCCCCAAGCAGGUGGAAGGUGGGUGGCCGCCGCCAGAGCGAUGGUGCGAGCAGCUCUUCUCCAGCGUGGUGCCCGUGCUGCUGGGGGGCCCCGAGGAGGAGACUGGUGGGCGGCAGCUGCUGGACCUGGACUGCUUUUUGUCCGACAUCUCCGAUACACUCUUCACCAUGACACAGCCCAGCCCCUCGCCCCUGCAGCUGCCCCCCGAGGACGCCUACGUCGGCAAUGCUGACAUGAUCCAGCCAGACCUGACGCCUCUGCAGCCCAGCCUGGAUGACUUCAUGGAGAUCUCAGAUUUCUUCACAAACUACAGACCCCCACAGAUACCCACAUCUUCAAACUUCCCAGAGCCCCCCGGCUUCAGCCCCGUGGCUGACUCUCUCUUCAGCAGCGGGAUCCUCGUCCCGGAGCCACCCCCAGCCCCCUCCAUCAUGACCCACCUCCCGGGACACAACCGCCUGCAGGCUCGGAACAGCUGCCCUGGCUCCUUGGACCCCAGUGCCUUCCUGAGCUCUGACUUCCUCCAUCCUGAAGACCCCAAGCCCAAGCUCCCGCCCCCUCCUGCCCCACCACCUCUCCUCCAGUACCCUCCCCCUGCCAAGGUGCCAGGCCUGGAGCCCUGCGCCCCUCCCUCCUUCCCGCCCCUGGCUCCGCCCCCUGCCUUGCUGCAGGAGGAGCCCCUCUUCUCUGCUAGGUUUCCCUUCACUGCAGUCCCCCCUGCCCCAGGAGCAUCCCUACUGCCGGCUCCCACAGCCUUCCCACCCGUGCAGCCUGCCCCAGGCCCUGCCCCUGCGGCCUUCCCCUUAGACAAUCUGCCCUCGGGGUACCCAGAGCCAGCCUUGGGCCCUCACUUCGCAGUGCCUCAGGGUGUGCAGCCCGGAGGCAAGCCCCUCACCCCAUCCUCCAGGGGACGGAAGGCCUGUGGCCCCACCUUGGCCCCUGCCACUGCCAGAAGCAACAACCCCUGCCUCACGCAGCUGCUCAGGAGAGCCAAGCCUGAGCAAGCCCUGGAACCACCGCUGGUACCCAGCGCCCUCCUGCGGGCCCCAGGGUCUCCGCAGGAGACCAUCUCCGAGUUCCCCUGUGCCUUCUUUCCUCCAAACCCGGUCCCUACACCACCCCGGCCACCUCCAGCCCCGACCACAUUGGCCCCUCCCAGGCCCCUGAUUGUCCCCAAAGCAGAGCGGCUGUCACCUCCAGCACCUGGUGGCAGCGAACGGCAGAGGUCAGGGGAGCUCAACUCCAUACCAGCCCCAGGGGCGCUGAGUGUCAGCGUCUCCCCCCCUCAGCCCAUCUUCUGCCGGGGCCGUCCUGACAAUAACAAGACUGAGAACCGGCGCAUCACGCACAUAUCUGCCGAGCAGAAGCGUCGCUUCAAUAUCAAGUUGGGGUUCGACACCCUGCACGGGCUCGUGGGCACACUGAGUGCCCAGCCUAGUCUCAAGGUGAGCAAAGCAACCACACUGCAGAAGACCGCCGAGUACAUCCUCAUGCUGCAGCAGGAGAGGGCGGCCAUGCUGGAGGAGGCCCAGCAGCUGCGGGACGAGAUCGAGGAGCUCAACGCCGCCAUCAGCCUGUGCCAGCAGCAGCUGCCCGCCACCGGGGUGCCCAUCACACACCAGCGCUUUGACCAGAUGCGAGACAUGUUCGACGACUAUGUCCGGACCCGAACACUGCAGAACUGGAAGUUCUGGGUAUUCAGCGUCCUCAUCCGGCCUCUCUUCGAGUCCUUCAAUGGAAUGGUGUCCACGUCAAGUUUGCACAGCCUCCGCCAGACAUCGCUGGCCUGGCUGGACCAGUAUUGCUCCCUGCCUGCCCUCCGGCCAACUGUCCUGAACUCCCUGCGCCAGCUGAGCGCCUCAACCAGCAUUCUAACCGAUCCCAGCCGUGUGCCCGAGCAAGCCACGCGGGCAGUCACAGAGGGUCCUGUCAGCAGACCACUAUAGUCCUGGCAGAUGACGCUGAGCUCCAGUGACAACUUGCUGGGCACUCUCCUCCUGUCCCAGGCUCUGACUGGCUCCUUCCCUGAGGGUUGAAUGGGACCCAUGUCUCCCGCCUCCUAGAGGCCAAGAAGAGGUGUGUCCCUGUCCCUGCUGUACCACUGAUGUGAUGCUGGGCCACUCGCAGCCCAUCUCUGGAUUUCUAUUUCCAUUCAGCAAAAUGGGGAUAGGUAAGGUUCAGCCACCAGAUGACCCCAAGGCAGCUGUGACACUGGGGACCUAAGCUGCCAGCUCAGAGAAGGAGGAGGAUAGCCCUCUUUCCCUGUCACUUCUGCCUGCUCCUCCACAGGGGCCACCAGCCUCAGUUCCUGAGCAGGGAGACAGAUAGGAGGGUCUCACUCUGCUCCUGCUGCCGAGCUGCAGGAGGCUUCCCUUGGGUGAGGCCAGGGGGGCCUGGUGCCAGGAGAGACCAGGGCGGGGGUAGCCACAGCAGGACAGGCAUCUUGUGUGAGUGUGGC